AUGGCCACCAAAGUGCAAGACAAUCCAUUCGAAAAGGGUCCUCUUCCAUAUCCAACUGGAGACAAGCAGGACUUCAAAAAUGCACUCACCAAGUACUAUGAUACCACUGGAUUGAACAAGAUAGAAAAAGAUGAAAUGAUGAAAGACAUAGAUAAAUGUUUGAGUGGACCACUGUCAAUUGGAAAAGCAUUAAUUGACGCCGUGUUAUGUAAAGUAACCCAAGUGGAAGAACGAAGUAGUAGUUCUUUACCAAAGAAAUAUAUAUCAAGUAAAGACGAGGAAAAGGCUAAAGCUAUAUUAGAAAUGGUUUCUAAAACAUUCUCUAAACUAAAUGUCCAGAGAUUGACGGAAAAUCAAAAGAUCCGCAACGCCCUCAAAGAUUCAGAUUUGGCUCCAAUCGGAACAUGCCAUUCAUAUUUGACAGAGUUUUCAAAUUCCAUUGAAACUCAAUUUUUGGCGGAAACAGUGGAAACGUUCAAACGCCAUUUAACCAGUCUCAAAGAUUAUAUACACGAUCGUAGAAUCUAUCUACUCCUUUCAUAUGAAGUAUGUGAACUCUUGCAAGGAAUACUGGACAAGUUGAAUGGUGGUGGUAAUGAUAUCGGUGAGGCCAUCGAGGCUAUCAAACUAAUUUGUGACUCUCAACAACUCAAAGACCACAACUUGAGAUGUAUUGCAAAAGGAAAAAAGAACCUCGAAGAAAGAGAAAAGGAACAAGAGAGGGAAAAGAAGCAGGCUCGUGGAAAGAAGUCAAAAAAGAAUUAUGACCUUGAAAAUGAAAUGGCCGAUUUUAGCAAAAUCAACAUUGAUGGUAAAAUUAUUACCAUUAAAGAAUUGGCUGAGACAGCAUUGCGCUUGGAUGCGGGUAUCAUUCCAACAAAUGAUGGUUUACCCCAAGUCAAUGAGAGGAUGUUAUCUGAAACGUCCAAACGUUUGAAGGAAUUAAUCGAUAGCUCUGUCUCCCCAAAGAGCAGCUGGUCCAGCUUGGAUAAAGAUCAAUUGAAUCGAUUGAAAUUAUUCAAUCUCGAAAAUGUCAUUUGUCUCGACAAAGAAAAGGUGGAUUUGUCAAAAUUGACAACAAAACAAUUCGAAUCUUUGAUUGAUUUUUGGAAAACUAUUGGAUACGAAUUCCCCAAAGAAUCCAAUGCAUCCAAUCACAAGGAGAAAUUGGAGAAUCUUCAAACCUCCGAUUUCGAGAGGAUAAGAACCAAAGAAAUAAGAAUCAAAUGCCUGGUUCCUCAAUAUGGAUUUAAUAGUACUCUGAUUCCUUUUUCGUUAAAAUUGUUUGUAAACAUCCUUAAAAACUCUGGCAUUGAUAGAACCAUUACGCUCACUUCCAAGGACAAGAUUAACAAAUAUCUCCAGACCAUCUUUCCCAACCUAGAAAAUGUACUUGGCCAUCCGUUGAGUGGUGGCUAUCCAUUAAGCAGAUAUUCAUUUUUUGACAAGGAAAUCGAUCAUCUCAUUGAUUUAUCAAAAUCUCCCUCGCCUGAUCUAUCACCACCAUCCCCAUCGCCUGUUGUAUCACCACCAUCCCCCUCGCCUGUUGUAUCGUCAAGAGGGUCGUCAAAAUCGAAUGUGAGAAUAUUGGGUGAAAAAUCUGAUACAUUUCACAACUUCAAAGGAUUGGUUUGGGAUGACCUUUGUCAACAAUUAAAAGCUCGAGGGAUCAACUUUGAUACCGAUACACCAAAAAAGGAAGAAGAAGAAGAUAAAAUAGCAUUGGUUAAAUUGGUAUUAUGGAAAGAUAUGCUUAAAAAUCGUCCAGAAUUGAAUAUUGUAGAUUUUGAUUAUAAUCGGUCACCCAACAAGAUGGAGAUUUUAACAUGGUUGCGUGAUAACAACAUUGAAAUCAAAGACGUUGCUGUUGACAAAAUGCUAAUCGAUAUUCAAAAUACGUCGAAACGUGGUUUCAGCCCAUCGGUUGAUCUCGAAACCCCAUGUAUUCCUUGGAAAAAACAAAAGAAUCUCGAAGAACCAAAUGAACAUGUACCCAUGUCAGAGGAUUCCACUCCCUCCACUGAUAUUAUUUCUUAUCCUCUGAAAUGCACUGUAGUGGAAACAGACAAGGCUAAGAUGUCACCUAAUCACCCCCAUUUUCCCUGUUAUAUUGCACAACAAGUUGGAUUGAAACCAAGUGUCACCAAAGAGAUUAGAAAAAUCACUUGUGCCCACUGUCUUGUGUCCCACACUCUCAAUAGCGAAUGUUUGCCAAUUCAAUGCCCAACGCCUCUUUGUAACAUUCAGAUACCCAUUCUUUCCGAACAUGAAAAAAGGAAAGAAACGUGUGGUAACUUUUCCAACUUGUACAAUGUAGACCCAUCGCUCAAAAAAGCUGCAUCGGAAAAACUCGUCCAUUCCUCUGACUCUUGUCCACCUGUGAAGCCAGCCAUCUCACAAGUAGAUCGCAUAUUGCGUGAAUAUAUCUCGACAGAUUCACCACAUGUCGAAAUAUUUCUUCACGAGCCACUCAACACCACUUCGAUUGCUCUCAACUCUGACCGUUCAGGAAUUGCCCCAACCAUGCGAAACUUGGCCAAUGUAAUCAAUGCAACAUCCGAUCCCUCGAUGUCGUUUCGUAUUCGUGACGCAUUUACCAGCGUUCGCGACUCUUCUGCAGGUGGCUUUGAAGACGAACCAAAGGAAAAAGAAAUGGCAGAAGAACUAAAGAAGCAAUUUGAAUCAACAACUUCUAAAGUCAUCAUCAUUUGUGGUCAUGUUGCAUGUAAAGCUGCCAAAGCUGCUUACGAGGUGAAUAAGAAAGACUAUGAAAUUGUUGAUUAUAGUCAAAACUCCUAUGACAACAUAUGUGAUACAUUUAAAGUCAAAGGGAAAAGACUCAUCGCAAUGGCUCAUCACCCAUCAGUAAUGUUGGCAACUCAUUUAAUCGCUGCAUACAUUACGAUUGCUCAUUCAGUUUACGAGCUCAAACCAAAAGUGUCAAUGUUUGAUAAAAUUAAAACAUUUGCAUCAACCACCUCUGCUGUAUCUUCCUCGUCGGAGCCAUCAUCUUCCUCGUCGUCAUCUGGUCUCACAACAACUUCAUCAUCUGUUGGCAUACCUCUCACAUCAACCUCGACUGGUCUGAACAAUACAAAAAAAUUGGGUCUCGUUAAUGGUAAAUCACUUAACAUGUUUACCAAAUUUGAUCAAGCAGCACUAUUGGAACAAGCAAAGGCCUACGACAUCACUGUUCAAGCAGAAGAAGAUCCGUAUUCGAUAAAAUUGGCUUUAUGGAAAGCAACCCUCGGCGAGUGUGAAGUAUCAACUGAUAAAUCUUUUGACCCAAACAAAAGCAAGUUGGAACUCUUAAUUUGGGCUAGAGACAAUCAAAUUUCUAUACAGGACGAUUGGUUCACCACCAAAUUAAAAAUAUUGGUAAAAGUGUUAAAAUCAUACUCCGAAAAACUACCUACGGCUCCAUCUGUACCAGCCCCAUCUGUACCUGACUCAUCUGUACCAGCCCCAUCUGUACCUGACUCAUCUGUACCUGCCCCAUCUGGAUCAACACCUACGGCCCCAUCUGUACCUGACUCAUCCUUUAUAAAAAAUAUUCAAGAUGAUGAUGGAGUACCAUUAUAUGAAAAUAGAAGGGCCAAGAGAAAUUUUUACCAUCCUGAAACUUUGUUCAGUCUAGAAUCGGUAAUGAAGCGAAUCGAGUAUGAAAGGGUUACAUGCCAACAUCAAUGUCGUCUCUAUGUCCAGGUGGUCACCUCCUAUACGUUCCAGACCAUGGACAAGAAUAAACACAUUGACAAUCAGCGUGCCCGCUAUGCUUAUGCAAAGCGAUUUGUGCCACCCACAACAAUACCCAAAAACAAAACUGUUAUUUGUAUUGGUGGUUCUGAUUUUUACCGUUCCUCUCGGGGUGGUGGACCAACUGGUCUUGGUCCAAAGUCUUUUUACCGUCUUUGGAAGAAUAUGGGAUACAAGGCUCUUAUGGUAAAUGAAUUUAAUACCUCCAAAAUUCAUAAUGCAUGUGCCGCUAGCAUUCAUCUUACCAACAACGAAAUGUUUAAAGACAAAAUUAAACAUCAAAAGAUUGAAAACAAACAGUUACCUGAAUCUCUUGAAAAGACCCUUGUUGUUGCGACCCCCCCUAUUUCAGAUAAUGGUGUACAUUGGGAAUGCAACUUUAAAAAAGAUGAAAAAUGUGGCAAAUGUGCUUGCAAAAAGUACGAUUGUCAGUGCGCCAAUGGUGAUUUGGCAAAAGAUAUCAAUAGUUCUCUGGAAACAUUCAUAACCCUCGAAAAGGGUUCACCUUCUCAUACUUUGCCAUUGGAGUCACUUUACUCUCUAAACCAAAAGACUAAAAAAGAGUUGAUAGUCUUUUGUAAUGAGAACAAAAUCGAUUACAAUGAUAAAGAAAAUGAAGAAGAUGAAGAUGAUGAAGAUGAUGAAGAAGAAGAAGAAGAUGAUGAAGAGUCAAAGGAAAAUCAAAAAAAAACAGGUAAAAAGAGAAAAAAAAAAAAAAUUACUAAUAUAAUUAAAAAGAAAAAAAAGAAUAAUAAUAAUAAUAAUAAUAAUAAUAAUAAUAAUAAUAAUAAUAAUAAUAAUAAUAAUAAUAAUAAUAAUAAUAAUAAUAAUAAUAAUCUCUCUGGAAGUCAAAGUACCCGGGAUUGGAUAUGCCAUUUCAAACUCAAUGGAAAUGGCUUUUUUGUCCAGUCUGCAACAGGUUCUUCAACAGAGAUACGAGUGCUGCAAAAAAUAUUCUCCUUUUGGGAAUAUUACACCAGACCAAAGCAGGUUAUCGCCCUUGGAUAUACCGUUCCUUACCCGCUGAUGUCUUACACCUUGGCAGGUAGGAUUUAUAAAGAACAAGAAGAACGAGAAGGACAAGAUAAUAGUAUUGUUUAUACGAUCAUGGGUAAAUUAUUCAUGUCGUAUUAUUCAGGGGGGAGUAUAUAUUGUUGUAAUGGAUGUCAUGUACAUUUAACUUUACACGAACAAUUGAUCAGUAAAGCUUUUCAAGGUCGUUAUGGUGCUGCUUAUUUAUUUAAUGAAUGUAAAACCUAUGAUAUUGACCUUCCUUUUAGUAUAAAUGUUGUAGUUGGAGAAAGUGAAGAUAGAAAUCUGACAACUGGAAUGCAUGUAGUGGCUGACAUUUAUUGUGUUCAAUGUAAUCAAUUACUUGGUUGGAAAUAUGAGUUUGCCAAAGAAGAUUCACAAAAGUAUAAAGUUGGAAAGUUUAUUUUAGAAAAGGAAAAGAUUGUAAAGAUAUCUGAUUUUGAUUAA